ACUGCCAGCGGUGUCAAGCCGAUCAAUCAACCUCCAUUUUCAUUGCCAUUUAUAAACAAGAUAAAUUCAUGAAAAGUGAGUAUUAAUAGAUCAAACUCCCUUUGUAUAUAGUGCAUGUGAUCGUCUAUAUAUUUACUUAAGUGAACACAUUGAACUUUACAUAUUAAAAACCGGGAUAUUUUCAGUAAGCCCGUUAAGGCCACACUUGCCUCUAGCAUGGAGUUUCCAACAAGUUUUUAACAUUUUUGCGCCGAAAAUGCGAAUUCCGCGAACAUCCCGAAUAAAUUAGGCCACCGGACGCCCGCUAGUUCUAAUUGAGGAUAUUAGAUUAAUCUCCACUGAAGGCUGCAAUGGAUUUAGCUGAGACCAUGAAGAACGUUCUGGCCAAAGGCUUGCAACAGGCCUCGGCCAGCGACCUUCCAGUGGGCGGAAUGGGGUUUCCAGGGCCUGGAUAUGUUACGGAGAAGCUCUACAUGCUUUUGCAGCUCUAUUUGCAAAAUAAAGGCUGGAACCCUUCUGUCGAGCUUCUUCAGUGCUUUACAGAGCUAAAGGAGUCGUCGAUGUUGCCCAGUGCUACCUACUUACAGAUGAUGACGUCGCGCGUUACUCUGGAUUCGCAAGGCCGACUGAUUUUGCGAGAAAAUGGCAAAAUUAUCCUCCCAUUUGAGCAUUUUGCAAACGCUGUAAUGCUGAAGCAUAUGAACGGGCCGCACGGGCUGCAUUUGGGCAUCGAAGCCACUGUGAGGGCUGUGAUGGAGUCCUACACCAUAGGUCGCGAAAAUUUCGGCAUGGAAAAGGAGUUUAUCAUCGAAGUCGUGCAAAACUGCCCAAACCCCGCCUGCAGAUACUACAAGAAUCAAAUGGAGUUAACGCAGAAAACGCUGCAACAUCUAGCACCUGGAUAUUUGGGCGAGCGAAGCUCAUCGGGGAGCGAAAUUCGAGGACAGCGGAAGAGUCAAAAGGAACAUUUUCCCGGCCUGGGAGCAGUGGAUCUGAGUGGGCAACAGGCGCUGGAUCCGAAAACGCAAUCACUAAUGGAGCGCCCGAAGUCCGUAGCGCCUUCACAGCAGGAAAUCACUGCUGCUCUGCUACAGCAGCAGAGCAGAGUGAUCGCCCAGCAAAAUUUGGAUAAAAUCAACGCCAACUUGGAGAAGCAAAGACAACAGCUUCACCUGCAACAGCAAAUGGACUUGGCUGCUAAAAGAGAGCGAGAGCAACAAAAACACCAAGAGCAGCAGCAGCAAAGAGAGCAGGUGCAGCAGGCGGCAGCAGUCCAAGCGCAGCAGCAAAAGCAACACUUCGAGUUACCCUUGAUGGAUCACAAAUUAACCGACUUUCUUCGGGCCAAUAUUGAAAACUUGGAAGGAUUGGGCGCUUCAAACAAGGACUUGCUGGCGCUCCACAACGGCGCUUGGGCCACAUCCAGCACAGUUAGUCUAGGCGAAGACAAGCGACUUUCUGAAGGAGGGCAGGAGAAAAUCGUGCGAGCGUUCAGCGAAGUCAUGAAGAAUAUGCAGAGAAUGAAGACUUACGUGCGGCCUGCCAUGUGUAAGCCCUACGGAAAACAAUCGGAAGCCCUACAGAAAACUCUGAUGGAUACGAUUCAGCUGAUCCAAUCGCUGAGGAGCUUCUUGCCUCCUCCUCAUAUCCAGGUAAGUUCUUGGAAAAACGAGGACAAGCACCGCUAUGAGGAGAAUUAGAUUUUGUUGUUUCCAUGUUUUAAAACUUGAUUUGAACUGGUUCGCUUGAAAGUCUCAUAUUUUGGUGUUUAAUUCGCCAAAUUACGACUACUAAAGCUGCUUUUGCUAUUCUUUUUAAACCAGUUGCUUAGAUCUAGUUUAAGUCAAACUCUAUUUGUUUAAUUCAGUGUGGAAUGGGAAAUUCGGUUCGGCAAUUGUUGAUGUCGAUGAUUGUUAGUAUUUUCUUCGCUGAUUUGCGCGAAUUUGUUCUUUUUAGUUCCUUUUUCUCAUUGUAUAUGGCGAGAUUCGAAAGUAUUUUUAUUUGUGAUAUUUUUUGUACUUAAAUUAUUUUGAAAUUGACCUUUGAUCGGGGUUUUGGUGGCCGGUUAGUGGCUAAGUGAAAAUAUUUGCCGGCUUUUCAGAAAUUCGAACCUGUAAACAGAGAAGUAUGCGAUUUUUUUCUGGGGUUAUCGAUAAGAGUUUUGAAGAAAUCGGCUCAAAACGCAGUAAUGAAGGCCGAUUAGGUCAUUUUUAUUGAAUGUUUUCAUGCACUUGUAAACAGGUGUACGUGAAGUACUAGUAUAUUGAAUAUGCUCUCUUUUGACAUGUUUUCACCCAUGAUUUCUGAAUUAAUAUUUCUAGUCGAAAAGCGCAAAAAUUUACUGUGAUAUUUAGGAUGAUGAGUGGUGGGCCAAAUUUUCGUUGAGGCUUGGGGGUAAACGAAAGGGAGGAUUUGCUGAUUUGAUUUUUUUAAAUUAUUGAGCGGUAACUUUCAGGAUAUGUUUUUGUUGGAUCUAUUUAUUUAUUAGCUUAGAGGAAUUUGUUAAUUUAAGCUGUCUAUAGACUCUUGUGGUAGAUGUAAUAUAGACACUUUCUGUGGGAAACUAUCUUGCCAAUAAGCCAAAUCCAAAUAGAAGACUUGGACUCAGUGUUUUGAUGUCAGGCAUUGGUUUUUAGACGUAUUUGUAACGUGAUGUAGUCGGAUUUAGAUUUUGUUAUAGAAUCUCAAGUGGCAAUUUUUUUGUGCAAUUUAAUUGAUAAUAAAAUGGUAUAUUCAGGG